UGGUGAUUUAUUUAAAACAGAUAAACUUGAUAAUCAUGUGGCCCAAUUAUUCCUAUUUGAUUUUCAACAAUGUGGCAUUCAUCUUCCUGAAGCAGAAAGGAAAAAAGUUGUUUUGCUUAAUGACACAAUUUUACAAGUAGGGCAACAGUUUAUGGCAAAUGCAGGGGCCCCACGAAGAUUAAACAAAGAUGUGCUGCCUCUAAAUAUUCAGGAUGUUUUUCCAAUCGAAGGUGACAACGCUCUUGUGUCUGGUUUAUUUGCCGAAUCUCCUAAUCCUGUGGUUAGAGAAGUAGCCUAUUAUGUGUAUCUGCAUGCUGACAAACGUCAAGAACAUCUUUUAAAUGAAUUACUCAAAAAUCGCUAUGAACUCGCUGUAACAUGUGGCUUUCCGACAUAUGCACACAGAGCUCUUAGGGGAAGUACAACAGACACCCCUGAAGCAGUCUUAAAUUUUUUAAAUAUUCUUUCAAGAAACAUAAAAUAUGCGGCUGCAGAAGACUUUAAAAGGAUGGAAAUUCUCAAACAUAAGGAAUUAGGCAGUAAGAGAGCAUUAGAAAUAUGGGACAUUCCAUAUUACACUCAAAAGGCAAAGAAAGAAUGGUUUAAAGUUAACGCAAGCGAUUAUUGCUCUUAUUUUUCUCUGGGCACUUGUAUGGAUGGAUUAAAUACUCUUUUUAAAAAUUUAUUUGGUAUAAGUCUGAUUAACGUCGAAACUAAAUCCGGAGAAGUGUGGGCUAAUGAUAUUUACAAACUCGCAGUCGUUCAUGAGACUGAAGGAUUAUUAGGACAUAUUUAUUGCGAUUUCUACGAAAGAACCGGAAAACCAAACCAGGAGUGCCAUUUCACCAUCGUAGGUGGUAGAGAAACGUCCAGCGGCGAAUACCAGCAGCCUGUGGUAUAG